GCCCGGGGAAGUGAAAAUGGACCCGUGUAGAUCGGCCAUUGUGCCUGGCUCAGCUGGCUGGCUGGGUGAUCGCAUCAAACCCUUUCGCGCGGGCAAGCUUUCGGUGGCAUUAGGCGGUCCGUAGGGCGCCCGUAAGGACCUUCGUGUUACUUUCCGCCAACAAGAGCAAGAAGAAGAAGAAGAAGAAACCCGUACAUACCCCAAAAAAAAACACCCACCGUAGGGCCUUCGGCGUACCGGUUUGGGCUCAUUUGCCAUCCACCGGAUUCACGGUUUGAAAAUCGGAUGCGGUCGCAGCCGUGCCUGGCCCCGCGUCCGCGUACUUCCCGUGGUGGUGGUGGUGGUGGUGGAGGUGCCUCGCUGCAUGAGACAUAAAGUGCCCUUGCUGCCCGCCCCGAUGGAGCUGGGAGGGGAGUUGUUUACGAUGGGGCUCGCCCUCAAGCUGCAGAAGGUGUCCCCGGGAUCGACGGUCGACUUUAGCGAGCUUCGCCGGGAAAACUACAACACUACCGCCUUCCUCAGCGACUGGGACAGUCUGCAGAGCACGGAUGAUGUGGGCAACGCGACGACGCGCCCGUUCGAGGAGUACGAGCGGACCUACCGGCACUCGUACACGAUGACCGCCGUGUACUGUGUCGCGUACUUCAUCGUCUUCAUUGUGGGCCUGGUCGGCAACAGCUUCGUCAUUGCGGUCGUCUUCCGGGCGCCCCGGAUGCGCACGGUUACGAACUUUUUCAUCGUCAACCUGGCGGUGGCCGACGUGCUCGUGAUAGUGUUCUGCCUGCCCGCGACGCUGAUGAGCAACAUCUUUGUGCCGUGGGUGCUCGGAUGGUUGAUGUGCAAAACCGUACCGUACAUACAAGGCGUUUCCGUGGCCGCAUCCGUCUACAGUUUGAUAGCCGUUUCGCUGGAUCGGUUCCUCGCGAUCUGGUGGCCCCUGAAGCUGCAGAUCACGAAACGGCGCGCCCGGUUCAUGAUCGUGUGCAUCUGGAUCAUCGCCCUCAGCUCAACCAUACCGUGGGCGCUGUUCUUCGAGCUCGUCCCGAUCACGCCCGAGGAGCCCGACGUUCAGCUGUGCGUCGAAGUUUGGCCCCGGGGCACGGACGGUGCGCUCUACUUUCUGCUAGCGAAUCUUGUUGCCUGUUACCUGUUGCCGAUGACGCUUAUCACCAUCUGCUACAUCCUGAUCUGGAUCAAGGUCUGGCGCCGCUCGAUACCGGGCGACUCGAAGGAUGCGCAGAUGGACCGGAUGCAGCAGAAGUCGAAAAUCAAAGUUGUUAAAAUGCUUGUUGUCGUUGUUAUACUGUUUGUCCUUUCCUGGUUACCUCUGUAUGUUAUCUUCGCCCGCAUCAAGCUGGGCGGGACGCUCGAGAGCAGCGAGGAGGAGCUGCUGCAGAUCGCGACCCCCAUCGCCCAGUGGCUCGGGGCGUCCAACUCCUGCAUCAACCCGAUCCUGUACGCGUUCUUCAACAAGAAGUACCGCAAGGGCUUCGCGGCGAUCAUCCGCUCGCGCAAGUGUUGCGGCAGACUGCGGUACUACGAAACGGUGGCGAUCGCGUCCUCCUCGACCAGCACACGCAAAUCGUCGCACUACCACAACAGCUCGAAGCGAACGGGUGGCAGCCCUUCGGUCAAGUCCACCGACGUGGUGUCGUACAUCUACGAGGAGAAGAGUGGCCGCAAGCAUCACGCCAUCUCGAAGCAGAACAGCGACCUAUCGCGGCACAUGCUGCUGAAGCAGGACAGCAGCAUAUCGCGCCAAUCGCUGCUGCUGAAGCAGGACAGCGUCGCCUCGCGGUCGGCGAUCCUGUACCGGCAGGACAGCGACAACUCGCGCCAGAUGCUGCUGAAGCAGGACAGCAACGGUUCGCGGGACGCAGGACUCUCGAAGCAGUGCUCAGCGUCGGACUCGAUCUCGCGCCAGGACUCGCAGAUCUCGUACAUCGAACCACCGCGCAAGGGCAUCCUUUGCAAGCAGGACACGCAGAUCUCGUACAUCGAGCACACAUCGGGCGGGGGUACGCCCGGGGGCAAGAAGUACUCGGCGUCGCUCUCCUCGCAGGACAGCGUCCUCUCGAUCAUCGAGCACAAGCGCCACAAGCUCGUCAAGCAGGACUCGAUCUUUUCCUUCAACGAGCCCAAAUCAGUGUACGAAAGUGCCACACCGGCCCCGUUCAAGCGGCACCAGCUCGUCAAGCAACACUCCGUCAUAUCGUUCGCCGACCAGAAGCGGGGUGGCAGCCUGACCAAGCAGGACUCCGUCACCACCAUCCAUCGGGCGGGCAACGGGGAGGGACCGUACAUUUCCUCCAUCCUCAAGAAGACCGACUCGCAGUGCAGUUCCGCGUCGCCGGUGCGCAAAAACAUUGGCUUCUUCGACGGCUAG